CUCGAAACAAAAGAUUUAUAAAGGUUUCGAAGCUUCAUGAAGCAGUGUUUUGAAAGCGCCCAUCACUACUAUUAAAUGCUUUCCCUCCUAAUUUCCCUUGUUGCAAUACACGUGUGGAGAGAAUGGUUUUAUUGUUUGUGGCUUUUUAUCAGGGGAAAUGCGCUCUGUGUCCACUAGGAGGCUGACUAAUGAGGCACUUACCCGGAUACAAAACAUUCGCUUCAUAUUGCGUGUUUGGUAAAAUAAAUAUUUUAUCUGUAAGGUAUUUAUAGAUCACCUCAAUUCUGUAGCGGAUCACGUUGCGCCCCGUGUGUGGGUUUUAGCCACAAGGCAAAAGCAAAUGUUUGCAUGACAUAACUGUAGUGAAGACCAGUAGUCUCCUCUGGAUUGGCCAGUUUGGCUUGCAUCUAUGAACUCGUUGGUGCCUACCACCUCGGCCGUCAGUAGCCCUGUUAGUUCCCUGGACUCCCCCCUCUCUGUCAUCAGUUCAUCCACUGGCUCUCCGGGUGUGCCAGUGACCCCUGCGGUGGGUUACGGACCCAUCAGCAACCAACAGAUUAAUUCCUCGAUGUCUGAGCUGCACACGGUUAGCAGCUCUGACGAUGUGAAGCCAUCUUUUGUUCUGAAGUCUCCAGGAGGCACUGGGCCAAUGCUGUCCCAAAAAAGACUCUGUGCCAUCUGUGGGGAUCGCUCCUCCGGGAAGCACUAUGGGGUGUAUAGCUGCGAGGGCUGUAAAGGCUUCUUUAAGCGCACAGUGAGGAAGGACCUGAGCUACAUCUGCAGAGACAGCAAAGAGUGUCUUGUGGACAAACGCCAGCGCAAUCGUUGCCAGUACUGCCGUUACCAGAAGUGCCUAGCCAUGGGCAUGAAGAGAGAGGCUGUUCAAGAGGAGCGGCAGAGGAAUAAGGACCGUGAUGGAGAUUACGACUGUAAUACUGCAGCCAAUGAGGAGAUGCCUGUGGAGAAGAUCCUGGAAGCUGAGGCAGCUGUGGAUCAUAAGACAGAAUUGCACUCUGCAAGCAGCUCUACUGGUGCCGCCAUCGACCCAGUGACAAACAUCUGCCAGGCAGCAGAUAAGCAGCUGUUUGGCCUGGUGGAGUGGGCCAAGCGCAUCCCACAUUUCUCAGAGCUGCCUCUGGAUGACCAGGUCAUUCUGCUACGUGCAGGGUGGAAUGAGCUGCUUAUUGCCUCGCUUUCUCACCGCUCCAUCGGGGUGGAGGAUGGACUUCUGCUGACUACAGGCUUGCACGUGCUCAGAGACAGGGAAAGUGCACGCAGCCCUGAGGUGGGGGCCAUAUUUGACAGAGUGCUCACUGAGUUGGUAAACAAAAUGCGAGAUAUGCAGAUGGACAAGACUGAGCUUGGAUGUCUGCGAGCCAUCAUCCUCUUUAACCCAGAUGCCAAAGGUCUGAGCAACACGAGUGAGGUGGAACUCCUGCGAGAGAGAGUGUAUGCAUCCUUAGAGUCCUACUGCAGGCAGAAAUACCCUGAGCAGCAGGGGAGAUUUGCUAAGCUCCUCCUCAGGCUGCCUGCGUUGCGCUCCAUCGGACUCAAGUGCCUGGAGCACCUUUUUUUCUUCAAGCUGAUCGGAGACACGCCCAUUGAGACGUUCCUGAUGGAGAUGCUGGAGGCUCCCCACUAGCUUUGCCCUGAGAGAGGCUGGGAGAUGACAUCACUGUGACUGCACUUUUCAAACUCAGGGGAACUUGAGCAAUUGGCCAGCCUCCAGUCCGUGAUACACUUGUUGCUAGGUUUGUCUUUUUGUAAGUGCAAAACAGAGUCUGAAAAAAAAACAACCCAAGACUUGCCAUGAACUUAGAGGAUGUUGGUGCUAUAUUUCAGUCAUAAGUCUUGAAUUCAGUUUCCUUCCUAGCUUACACGGGAUUUACAUUUUGAUAGAACCAUUUAAGGCUUUUAAAAUUGUGGAUGUUGAGCUUUAUUUGUCUGUAAGUGUGCUCCUCCAUCAUCUCGUCAGUGUGGUUUCUUUUAAUCCUUAAGGGACUAAUUUAUUCAGCUCAGACCUUAAAGGACUGACGAUACGAACAACUGAAAGAACAGUUAGAAAGAAAGAGAAAAAAAAAAACUGUUUUAAAAUCUAUAAGCUGACAUUGCUCUCCCAGUUAAGCUAGCCUGGCCAAACAUGUAUGCAAUGAAACUUAAUGCACAAACGUCUGGAGAAAAGCUCAUUAUGAUGUGCAAUUUGCAAAAUAAUGUUAGUCAAAUAUUUUGGAGUUGAUUCCAGGGAAGCUAGGUCUUACCAUGUGCUCAUAGAUAUAGAUCAUGGGUGCUUGACUGAUCUUUUACAUGCUUGAUACUUCGUACUGUGUUUUUUUUUCUCUUCCUCUUUCUUUUUUUUUCUCUCUUCUUUUCAGUUUGCAGUUUUGGUGAAAACUGAAAAAAUAACUAGGAUACUUGGUUCACUAAAUUAGCCAUGCAUUGCUUUAUGACUGCAGUGUUCCAGCCUGAAGUCUGUAAACUGCUUAUGACUUUGCUUUUUCUCUCAGUUAUUCGUUUUCAUAGUACAUGCUUGUUUUAUCACAUAUCGCAUAACCUUGUAACUUGAGUUAUGAUUCCUUAUGUAAACUGCACUAUACCAGUUCAAAUAUCAAAUAUUUGACCAAAAAGGGGUCAUAUUUGUGUAUCCUUUGGUGCUUUUAAAAGAUAUGUUUUAAUGUUACAUCCCUGAAAAAAAUGCACAUGGAGAUUUGUAAGCAAGAAACGGAUAUAUUUUAGCAAAGUUGAACAUGAGCAAUACUAAAUUUAUAAUGCAAACGUGUAUUCCCUUCUCAUUUCUGAAUGAAAAUUUGUCAAAAUUGUUCUAGUACUGUGCAAACAUUUGUUCAGGGACAGUGAAACAUGAUUGCUACAAAAAAGCAGAAAAAUUCAUAUACAUUUAUGGUGCCCUUCACUAAUAUUGGCGCCCUUGGAAAUAUGAGCAAAGAAGUCUGUGAAAAAUUGUACAUUAUUUAAACUUUUGAUUUUUUGUUAAAAAAAAUUUCACAAAAAUACUCUGCUUUCAUGGAUAUCAAACAGUUGCAAACACAAAACAGGUUUUUAUUUAUAUAUAUAUAUAUAAUAUAUAUAUGUGUGUGUAUGUCCAACAAUUAUUGGCACCUUUUUAAUCAAUACUUUGUGCUACCUCCCUUUGCCAAGAUAACAGCUCUGAGUCUUCUCCUAUAAUGCCUGAUGAGGUUGGAGAAUACAUGGCAAGGGAUCUGAGACCAUUCCUCCAUACAGAAUAUCUCCAGAUCCUUCAAAUUUCGAGGUUCAUGCUGGUGGACUCUCCUCUUCAGUUCACCCCACAGGUUUUCUAUGGGUUUCAAGUCAGGGGACUGGGAUGGCCAUGGCAGGACCUUGAUUUUGUGGUCAGUAAAGCAUUUUUGUGUUGAUUUUGAUGUAUGUUUUGGAUCACUGUCUUUUUGGAAGAUCCAAGCAUGGCCCAUUUGAAACUUUCCGGCAGAGGCAGUCAGGCUUUCAUUUAAUAUCUGAUGAUAUUUGAUAGUCCAUGAUGCCAUGUAUCCUAACAAAAUGUCCAGGUCCUCUGGCAGAAAAACAGCCCCCAAACAUUAAAAAAAAGCCACCACCAAUAUUUUGAGAUACUAGUUUUUUGAUUUCCGUAAGCUGUAAUCAUCAAGAUUAAAACAAAAAAAGGCUUUAAAUAUUUCAUUUUCUGUGUAAUGAUUCUAGAAUAUAUGUGAAAGUUCCGCUUUUUAAAUUUAAUUAUGGAAAAAAAUGAACUUUUCCAUGAUAUUAAAUUUUUAAAACCUGUACUUCAAAUGUAUUUUUCUAAUGAAUUCACAGGGGUGCCAAUAAUUGUUGCACACCUAUAAUUAACAGUUUUAUUUUGUAUGAACCAAUGUUGUGUUUGCAAUUGUUUGAUUUCCAUGAGAGCAGAGUAUUUUUGUGAUUUUUUUUUUUUAAACAAAAGAUCAAAAGGUUAAACAAUACAAUUUUUCACAGCCUUCUUUGCUCAUAUUUACCAAGGGUGCCAAUAUUAGUGGAGGGCACUGUAUAUUCCAAUCAUUGCUUUUAGUUGAUUUGUACAUCUAAAAUACAAAAAAGACCUUAGUUUGCACUGUAUUUCCUGUGAAUCCCAGUUUUCUGACUCUUUGCUCUUUUUUUUCGUAGUGAUGUUUUUUUUUUUGUUGUUUUUUUUUUUUUUUAAGAUUUCAAUUAGAUUUGUAAUCUUGCUGGUUUUUGUAAGAUCUUUGCUUUGCUGUUGUAUUUUUGUGUCCAUGCCAACAGCUUCGGGGACGAAGACCACAAAGACUUUGAAAUGCAAGUUCCCUAUUGGCAGAAAUGUUUACUACACCUUCGGGUUGUUUUGUAUGGUCCUGUACAACCACCAUCUUUACUGCAUUAGACAUGUUUGUGUCUGUCAUUGCACUAAAUUUGUCAUACAAUGAUGAUUGUAAUGAUCCUCCAUCAGGUUCUCCAUCAUUAGAGCUCAAUUUAGAGGAGCUUGAUGGCACUGCAAGUGAACCAUAUGGACACGACCCUAAAUAAAAGCUGGUGGCAUCAG